AUCAUCUCUGUGUUGUUUAUAAACUGUCCAACAUGUUUGGAGCCAUAGUUGCUGGUCGUCUGGUACAGACAAAUCUUCAGCAAAUAGACGAUACUCAUUUUGUCUUUCCCCUGGAGCAACCAUAUGACAUCAAUCACUUGACUGUCUUUCUCUUGGGGACCAUCCCCUUCCCGGAUGGGUACGGCGCAUCGGUCCAUUUCGCUUGGCCAGGCAAAGACUACAUACCACUCGGAGUCUUGACUAACGCUAAGCCAUCUGCCAUCUUUCGUGUCCGAAAGCUCGUUCCACCCUCUGGUCAAUCUUCUAGCUCAUCACCACCAGCCAAUCUCGGCAUAGAGAUUGCACCCCAACCUCAAAUCGAGGAGAUUGCGUCGCGCCUUGCUUCGGGGGACAUGCGAGGGAAAGAGGUUGCUGAAAGAGUGGAUGUAGGAAAGGUCGCAGAGAAGGUUGUGAAGAAUCUGUUUAACUAUCUUCAUUCAUUUGGUGGAGGAGAGGUCAACUUGACCCCCGAUACACCAAUACCACUGUCAUUCUUCGAGAAGUGGUAUGCCAACUUUACACGCAAGAUAGAGAACGAUAAAGGGGCUGCCUUCCUAGAUCGUCAAGACUAAUCACAUCGCCAUGCAUUUACAACACGUC